AACAUUAGUCACUUUAAGAAAAACUAAAAGAAUAUUAAUUUGUGGAAGACUAAAAGAGCAAAAAAAUGCAACGUCGACACGGAAAUCCUCUUCAUAAACCACGAUCGAUUGAUCACGAACAUGGAUCAACACACCGUGAUCUGCAUAAGCACUUAUGUAACCUAUCGAUUCAUGCGCUCCAGAUUUCAGAGCAGAAGGGAAAGGCUAAGAUUAAGAACAACAAGAAGCAGCAUAGCGAGCCUAAGAGGGGAGCGGAGUUCAAAGUUACUAAGAUAAUUGUAAGUAAAGAGCGCCUAAGGAAACAGAAAUUUACUGAGGAACAGCUGGAGAAGAAGAAAGAAGAGCACAGGUUGCUUGAAGCAAAAGUGAGAGCACUUCAACCGUCACAGGUGUUAGAUUUUGAAAAGCAGAGCAAACUGAUUCUAUCUGAGGCUGAAUUCGUACAACAUUUGAGGCAUUAUAUUAUGGAAACGAGCUUGCUACGUCUCUACGGCUAUCCCACCGAAAGUGCUGAAGAAAAAGGUGCGACCGAAAUCUACAAGUAUUUCGAUUACUUCGGGGUACGCUCAAGUAAACUUUAUAACAAAGGUUUGGACGACGAGGAGAUCAUGGAAAAACAGUGCAUUCGAUGCGAGCGGACGUUCCACCUUACAAGGUCGGGCGAGUACAUGAAUGCAGAAAGCUGCACCUUCCACUGGGGUAAACUCUAUGACUCCAAAGAGAUAGACAAAUUGAAAGAAUACACUUGUUGUGCCGGAGAAAAAGACUCAGCUGGUUGCACCCAUAAUGCAUUUCACGUAUGGACUGGCAUCGAAAUGGGUGUAAAUGGACCGUACAAUGACUUUGUAUACACACAGCCAGGAUUUGAUGCACAAACAACAAAUGUAGCGUCAAAAGUGUACGCUUUGGAUUGUGAGAUGGUAUUCACAGGCCGUGGACUGGAGGUCGCUAGGGUGACAGUGGUUGAUUGGAAUGGUCAGUUAAUUUAUGACCAUUUUGUGCAACCCAUCGGUGCGGUCGUGGACUACAACACAAGAUUUUCUGGCAUAACGGCAGGCGACUUAAGCCGGAAGGAAAAUAAAUACUUAAAGUCUUUAACCGAAGUUCAAAAAGACCUGCUGAAACUGAUUACUGCCGACACCAUUCUCAUCGGUCAUGGUUUGGAAAAUGAUUUGAGCGUCCUGCGAAUGGUGCACAAGCGUAUCGUGGACACAUCAUAUGAGUUUCCCCAUCCUCUGGGAUUCCCCUAUAGAUGUUCGCUAAAAAGCUUGAGUAAGAAAUAUCUAAAGUGGGAUAUUCAAGGUAGUGAUGUGGGUCACAAUAGUUUGGAAGACUCCAUUGCGUGUUUGGAGUUGAUGAAGUGGAAAGUCAACAAGUUCAUGGAAUCUGACAUUAACGGCAAAGAUAUUUAUUACUGACACGGUGAAAUGCGUUCCUAAAUAGGGACUAGAACUUAUAUUUUUUAAUAAAUAUUUACUUAGUUUCACAUA